CGACCACCCUUUGUGAUGUGUCGAGUGACCCAACAACAUCCAACGCCUUCCGUGGAUCCUCUCACUUCUCCAUUUGAUGGCCGGUGCGAGCAUGCGUCGGCAGCUCAGCUCGAGCAAUCUCGACGACAUGUACAUCGUGCGCGGGCUCGAGAUCGCCAACUGCCGCAUCACGGGCACCAGCAUGGUCAAGCGCAAGGGCUUCCUCGCCAAGCACUCGAUCGUCUACCACGUCAAGGUCAUUAGCGGCAGCCACGUCUACGUCGUCGACUGCGUCUACGAGGACUUUGCGCGCUUCUACAAGGCGCUGCGGACGGCGCCCAAGUCGGCGACAGCGUUUCUCCAGUCGAUCGCGGGUUUUCCGUGCCCGAAAAAAUCGCUCUUCGGCCACCGCGACGCGCUCGUCAUCAAGGGCAUGUGCGGCCAGUUGGAAAAUCACUUGACCAACGUGCUUCGCCUGUGCCAUAUCCACAGCGCUGCGCAGCCCGCGCUCAAGGAGCACGUCAACGCGUGCAUCAUCGCGUUUGUGACGCAUCUCGAUCCCAUUCACGCGCCACGGGGCCGCUGCCACCCGGUGUUGAGCCCGCACACGCAGGCAAACGCGGUGCGCCGGUGCCUCUCGUCUACCGUCGUGUAGCCGCGACCCUUAUUUAUUCCCAAUGUCUAUAAUACUACGAGCAUCCAUCGAC